AUGAAUUCUUUUAAUUAUCGUGGUUUAAUUAGGCCGAUUCCUGACAAAAUUACAGUUAGAAGAUUUAGUUUACAUUAUGGGCUGUGUGUUGAUGCAUUGAUCGAUGAUGUAUGGUGGGAGGGUGUAAUUUUCGAUUACGAAGAUGGCAAGUCGGAGAGAUUAGUGUUCUUUCCUGAUUUAGGUGAUGUACAAUUGAUGAAAAUUGAUGAGUUGAGGGUGACUCAAGAUUGGGAUGAAAUUGGAGAUAUUUGGAAUGUUAGAGGGAAUUGGAAGUUUCUUGAAUUGAUUGAGGAGUAUGAAGUCGAUAUGCCGACCGUUGUUUCGGUUAGACAGAUUUGGUAUGAUUUGAGACAGUUGGAGGGGUUUAGGAAUAAGAUUAAGGAGUGGACUUGUGGUGAGAAGUCAGUGUGGGUUGAUUUGCUGCGGGAGUGUAUUUUGAAGAGUUUGUAUACAACUGCUGAGUACAUUGUUGAUGUACUUCUUGGGAAUUCGAUUGAUGAUGAGCCAGUUGAGGAGCAGCUGAAGAGUAGAAUGAAGGAUACUGAAAUGUCUAAUUUACUAGAAGAUGAUGAGGCUGUUUCGGAAGACUUGAAAGAAGAAAAUCCUUUAGCAUUAUCUUUGUAUGAUGAUUCUAUCGAAAAUUUGAGUGAGGAAGAUGAAGAGUACCGUCCAUUUUCAACCAAGAGGAAAAGACGAAAAAUCAGUCUCUCAAUUCAUGUGUUUUCAGAUGAUCUAGUAAAGGAGUCGGAACCAGUUGGGCGAGAAAAGUGGGUACCUGUAGGCCGAGAUUUCGUUAUUGAAGCUAAAUUCUUCCCCAAAGCAUUACAGACCUAUUUAAAAAGUCAUAAGUACGAUGCUAGCACACGGGAUUCAGUGUUGGAAUCUAGAAUGCACCUGUCUUAUCUUGGUUGGAAAAUUGAGCAGAAAAGACAUACAACAAGUGGUAACCUCAUAUUUCGUUACAGACCACCUAAGGGGGCGCCGCUCUAUUCUCUUCGUCUCGCGUGCCAGGCAGUGAUUAGCCCCAAUACCCAUCCAGUUCCUGCGUCAAAGAUCUGUAGAAAGGGUCAACGCGGUGCUUCUCCUCCUUAUGCGAAAGCUUCUUUGUUUGUAGAUUCUGAAUCACUUUAUUCAGACCCUCCUGAAAGUCAUGGAACACCUAUCAUCCAUAGCAAAUUGGAUCUUCUUCCUGAAUCUUGGCCUCAACCUUUGAGAACUUAUGUGAUUGAGUGCAGUAAAGACGGGAAUUCGAAAAAAGUUAAGGAGUUAUGUGAAAUAGCAAGGGAGUACCUCGUCGCUCUUGGUUGGACCACCAAAUUUGUAUGUAAGAGGAAUCGUAAAGACCUUAUUUAUGUUUCUCCAAGAAAGAAGUCAUACCAAUCUCUUUUGACUGCUUGCAUAGGGCAUUGUAAAGAAGAAUUUUCUUACAGUAAGGAAAUAGCCGAGUCUUUGAGCUCAUCUAGUCAUGAUAAGUUCUAUUCUAAUAUCCCCCCCGAGGCUUUAGGAAACACAUUGCCCCAAAAGGGGCUGCUUGCAAAGGGUUUUGCUGAGUCAUCUAGCUCAUCACAAACGAAAGGAAACCUUGAAGCUGGUAAUAUACAAGAAAAAAAAUCCAUUGAGCAGGUGAAGAGGCAAAGAAACAGUGCGUCCCUUCAUAGUAGCAGCAAUCGUAAAAUGAAGAAAAUGAAGGCAUCUCGACUUUAA